AAUUUCGAUGUCCUCCACCACCACCGGAUCAUGGACGGGCAUUCGAACUUCACACAACCGAGCGACACAUCACACGCCAACCACAUCUCCCCUUCCUCAACGUCGCAACGGAGAAGGCUCACCAAGAAGCCGCCUCCUUCCACAUCGGCGCGUCACCACCAUAGCUCCUCAUUGAGCAUCGAUAGCCGUGUAGACGCCCAAUCGUUGGUGGACAAACGCAGCUCGACCAGCCUACGCCGUGCUCCAAGCGCUCCCCCCGCCCGGACGCCCACGAGCACCUACGCGUCAAACAGCUCUUCACCCAGAAACCCGUCGUCGAGCACUCGCCUCAACAACCAUUCGCCCAUUAUUCCCGUCGCCCCCGAGUUCGCCGCGUCCUCUUUGUCGUCGUCUGCGCGAGACCGCGACUCGGACCCCGCUCGCAACGACUACGGCCACCAACUUCCAAACUACAACAACAUCAACGGCGGCAACAUUAACUAUUCCACCUUCAACGCCCAUCCUCAUAAUCAAUACUCUGCAGCCUCACACAGUCGUUCAAACAGCUACGGGAACUCUCACGGCCCACAGUCUUCAAACUCCCUAACAUUCAACAACUCGGAGGAUUUUAUCGGUGCCCCAUUCGACGGCUCCGCCAUCCUCAAUCGCAUUGAGGCGACCAAAGCCUCGCCAACCUUGGGCUCUGGUGCCUUCCCUCACAUCAGCCAUCCCAUUCCCGUCGGCGCUGCCGCCCCGGCUCAGUACUCGAGGGGCAGUCCGGGUCUUCAACAGUCCUUCACCUUUCCUAACGCUGCCAUGAGCGAAAAGUCGCAGCAGGCCAGGGGGAUGGAGGCUCAGUUGCCUACCUCCAAGCGGUAUUCCGACGAGACCAAAGAGCCUAAGCCAGGCGUCUUACGAAAGAAGUCGGGCUUCUCCGGUUUUAUGAGCGGUUUGGUUGGAACACCAAAAAAGCCGCUCAUUUCUGCUCCCGAGAACCCGGUACAUGUCACCCACGUGGGAUAUGACAGUGCCACCGGGCAGUUUACAGGUCUGCCCAAAGAAUGGCAACGACUAAUCAGCGAAAGCGGUAUCACAGAGAAAGAGCGUAGAGAAAAUCCCGAGACGCUUGUCAAUGUUAUAAAGUUUUACAAGGAAACGACUGAGAAGCCUGCAGAGGACCAGGUCCUCGAGAAGUUUCACGAUGCCCGACCAGGGCUCCCAAGCGCUCCUUCAGCUGGCUCGAUGAUCUCGCCAGGUCUGGCGCCGCAUCACUAUAACCCAAUGUCCCCCAUGAUCAGCCCGCCGGCCAGUCCACGGUUCCCACAGGUUGGUCAUGAAGGCAGUUUCGAAAACCCUAGGUCGCCACCACCGGUACCAAAAAACAAAGAUAUUACUCUGAUGCCCAGCCGUCCAGCCCCGAGACCGCCCGUGAGCCUCCCGACACGUACAGCACCACAGGCUCCUUAUGCAGCGAAGGAUUCCGGGAUUGACAUGCCCCCUCAGCAUGACGACCUCACACCCACAACAUACCAGCCUCCCAAGGAAUCACAGCCAAUACUGCCCGAGGAGCACCGGUCUAGGUCCAACUCCCGAGCUAACGGGAACGCCACUUACGCCCCAUCCCAACAAUCCCCUGCUGUCCAGGCUGCCUAUCAGCAACAGCUUAUGCAGCAGCAGCAGGAGCAGGCCCUCGCUCAGGCACAAGCUUCCAUGUCAGGUUCGAUGAGUCGGGCUCCCAGUAAGAGGCAGCCACAGGCUCAGCAACCGACUCCUCCUCAAUCCCAACACCAGUACUCGAGGCCCACUGAUGCAAACGGUGCGCAACAACCGCAAAGACCACAACAACCACAGAUUGGACCUGUCCCAGCAUCACGCCCGCGACACCGGUCACGACAGAGCAACGGCCUCGACGUUGUAGCAGCGCUGAAGCGCAUAUGCUCAGAGGGGGAUCCGCGGGAAAUUUACCGCAGCUUCACCAAAAUUGGCCAGGGCGCUUCUGGUGGUGUCUACACCGGCCAUGAGAGGGGGAGCAACCGACUGGUAGCGAUCAAGCAGAUGAACCUGGAACAGCAGCCCAAGAAGGACCUGAUCAUUAAUGAAAUCUUGGUCAUGAAGGACAGCUCACAUCCAAACAUCGUCAACUUCAUCGACAGCUAUCUGUGUGGCGGAGAACUCUGGGUCGUCAUGGAGUUUAUGGAAGGCGGUAGCUUGACAGACGUGGUGACCUUCAACAUCAUGACCGAAGGUCAAAUCGCUUCUGUUUGUCGAGAGACUCUUCUUGGCCUCCAGCAUCUGCACUCCAAGGGUGUAAUCCACCGUGAUAUCAAGUCAGACAAUAUCUUGUUGUCGAUGGAGGGAAAUAUCAAGCUGACUGAUUUUGGGUUCUGUGCCACCAUCAACGAGGCUCAAAACAAGCGGACGACCAUGGUCGGCACUCCCUAUUGGAUGGCACCUGAAGUUGUCACGCGCAAGGAGUAUGGGCGUAAGGUCGACAUCUGGUCACUAGGCAUUAUGGCUAUUGAGAUGAUUGAGGGCGAGCCCCCGUACCUCACAGAGUCGCCACUCCGAGCUCUGUGGUUGAUUGCUACGAACGGCACACCUCAAAUUAAGGACGAGGGCAACAUGUCCCCUGUUUUCAGGGACUUCCUCUACUUUGCCCUGAAGGUGGACCCAGAUAAACGCGCGAGUGCUCAUGAUCUUCUGAGGCAUGAGUUUAUGAACAUGUGUGUCGAUCUCUCACACCUGUCACCAUUAGUCAGGGCAGCGAGAGAGGCCAGAGCUCAAGAAAAGGCUCGCAAGGGUCAAUAA